AUGUCUUCCACAGUAACCACAAGUGAUACAUCCGUUCCUCUGUCGUUGUUUCCCGACGGUCUAAAGACCUCUGGGCAGCACGAACCAGACUGGUCACUCCUCCGUCCAUACGAGGACUUCCCCGAGCAAAUGACUGGUCCGACUGUUUGGGAUGCUUCCGAGUAUCGAGACAGCCCCGAGCAUUGGACGCAUUCCUUCACAGAGGAGGAAAACGCCGAGAUUGGUGCGGCGGCGGAUGCCUUCAUUGCUUCGGGUACGCCCUUGACCGGGAUCACCAAGGCUCUAUUUCCCCUUCCCGUUCUUUCGGCCAGAAUGGAUGCGCUGCGCGGGGACUUGCUCAAUGGCAAGGGUUUCUUCCGGUUCAGGAACUUGCCUGUCAGGCAGUGGGGUCUGCACAAGUCUGCUGUUGCUUACAUGGGCCUUGGCACGUACCUGGGGUACUUUGUCAGUCAGAACGGGCGCGGCCAUGUACUUGGUCAUGUCAAGGAUUUGGGAGAGGACCCUACGCAGACAUUCAAGGUCCGAAUCUACCGAACGAAUGCCAGGCAAUUCUUCCACACGGAUGCCGGAGAUAUGGUUGGUCUGUUAUGCAUUGCCAAGUCACUCUCUGGUGGUGAAUCGGACAUUGCCUCCACGCACAACGUCUACAACAAGCUGCAGCGUGAGCACCCAGAUGUUGUGAGAACAUUGGCUGAGCCGAAUUGGUAUCUCGACCGGAAGGGGGAGGUAUCUGAAGGGCAGUUGCCGUGGUAUCGGGGCGCGGUGUUCUGGCUCGAAACUGGUCCGAACCCAAGAGUAUACGGCAAGUUCGACCCCAACAAUGCGACGUCGCUAGCUCGAUUCAACUCUGGCCCUGAUGCCAAGAUCCCUCCUCUGUCGGACAAGCAGAAGUACGCCAUUGAGGUGUUGGAGCGGACGUGCAAGGAGUUAUCCCUGCAUAUGAUUCUCGAGCCGGGCGACAUCCAGUUCUUGCACAAUCCCCACAUCUUCCAUGCGCGCACUGCAUACACCGACUACCCUCCUGGAUCCCUUGACGAGGACGGAAAUCCACGACCCCAAAGACACCUCAUGAGGUUAUGGUUGGGAGUACCACAAAGCGAGGGAGGCUGGAGAAUUCCAUUUGCCGAUGCCGACAACAAGAAGAGAGGCGGCAUUCAAACAGGCGAUCAACCGCCAAAAUGUCCUAUUGAUGCAGAAUGA